CCGGCUUUGUGGUAACUUGUCCAUUCCGUGUUUUAGGUCGUGUUAGUGUCAUCUUGUGUCAAGUGUCGCCAGUGUUUUGUGUGAGGAUAGGUUCCUGUGUUAAUUACCAUCUGAAGACAUGCUUAAGAAAAAAUUUCCUUCAUUAACCAGUAUCGGGUCGGAUGGGAAUACAGCCUUUCUGCGGGCAGCCCGAGCAGGGCACCUAGAAAAAGUACUCGAUCAACUGAAAAAUAAUGUUGAUAUUAAUACUUCUAAUGCGAACGGCCUGAACGCAUUACACUUGGCAUCUAAGGAUGGCCACAUACAAGUUGUUGAUGAGCUCCUCAAGAGAGGGGCCAAUGUCGAUUCCGCGACGAAAAAAGGAAACACUGCUUUGCACAUCGCCUCUCUCGCGGGCCAGGAGGAGGUGGUACGCAGGCUGGUAGAAGCCGGAGCCUGCGUCAACGUGCAGAGCCAGAAUGGGUUCACUCCGCUCUACAUGGCCGCUCAGGAGAACCACGACACCGUGGUCAGGUUCCUAUUGGCCAACGGGGCCAACCAGAGCCUCGCAACGGAGGACGGAUUCACUCCACUGGCAGUAGCUAUGCAACAAGGGCACGACAAGGUAGUUGCAGUGCUCUUAGAGAACGACACGCGAGGGAAGGUCCGACUUCCUGCACUUCACAUCGCCGCCAAGAAGGACGACUGCAAAGCCGCAGCUCUUUUAUUACAGAACGAACACAAUCCCGACGUAACAUCGAAAAGUGGUUUCACUCCACUUCACAUCGCAGCUCACUACGGUAACGAAGGUAUCGCAAAUUUGCUCCUUACUAAAGGUGCAGAUGUGAACUACGCUGCAAAGCAUAACAUAACCCCACUGCACGUCGCCGCAAAAUGGGGAAAAGCCAACAUGGUGGCAGUUCUUCUGAGCAGGGGUGCCAACAUCGAGGCUAAGACCAGAGAUGGACUGACUCCGCUGCACUGUGCAGCCAGGUCUGGCCACGAACAGGUGGUAGACAUGCUUCUUGAGCGUGGUGCUCCCAUCAGCGCAAAGACAAAGAACGGCCUCGCCGCCCUCCACAUGUCGUCCCAGGGGGACCACGUGGACGCCGCGCGGAUCCUCCUCUACCACCGCGCCCCCGUCGAUGACGUCACCGUAGACUACCUGACGGCCCUCCACGUGGCCGCUCACUGCGGACACGUGGGUGUGGCCAGGCUUCUCCUCGACCGGAAGGCCGAUCCCAACGCCAGGGCCCUCAACGGGUUCACGCCGCUCCACAUCGCCUGCAAGAAGAACAGGAUCAAGGUGGUCGAGUUGCUCCUCAAGCAUGGCGCUUCCAUCGAAGCCACCACAGAGUCUGGUUUGACACCACUCCACGUGGCCAGCUUCAUGGGCUGCAUGAACAUCGUCAUCUACCUGGUCCAGAACGAGGCCCACCCCGACGUCAAGACCGUCCGCGGGGAGACGCCACUGCACCUGGCCGCCAGGGCCAACCAGACUGACAUCAUCAGGAUAUUGCUGAGGAAUGGAGCUCAAGUCGACGCCAGGGCCAGGGAAGAACAAACUCCUCUCCACAUCGCCUCCAGGCUCGGGAACGUGGAUAUUGUCAUGCUGCUCCUCCAGCACGGAGCCAGCGUCGACUCUACGACCAAGGACCUCUACACGGCCCUCCACAUCGCCGCCAAAGAAGGCCAGGACGAGGUGGCCUCAGUCUUGCUUGAAAAUGGAGCCUCACUUGAAGCGACUACGAAAAAAGGGUUUACGCCCCUUCAUCUUGCCGCCAAGUAUGGAAAUAUGAAUGUUGCCAAGCUUUUAUUAAGAAGAGAGGCACCAGUUGAUGCCCAAGGAAAGAAUGGUGUGACACCAUUACACGUCGCCAGCCAUUACGACCAUCAAAACGUUGCACUGCUUCUUCUAGAGAAGGGAGCUUCACCACAUGCGACUGCUAAGAAUGGCCAUACCCCUCUCCAUAUAGCAGCGAGAAAGAACCAGAUGGACAUAGCAACAACACUCCUAGAAUACGGAGCUAAAGCAAAUGCUGAAUCAAAAGCUGGCUUCACACCUCUCCAUCUUUCAGCACAAGAAGGACAUGCCGAAAUGUCAAGUCUUCUCAUUGAACAUCAAGCUGAAGUCAAUCACAAAGCUAAAAAUGGAUUAAGUCCAUUACAUCUCUGUGCACAAGAAGACAGGGUGGAAGUUGCAACAAUAUUAGUAAAAAACAAUGCACAAGUGGACACUACUACAAAGGCUGGAUACACUCCAUUGCAUGUUGCUAGUCAUUUUGGACAAAUGGGAAUGGUAAAGCUUCUAUUAGCAAAUGAUGCUUCAGCCAAUGCUGUCACAACAGUGAACUAUACUCCACUCCAUCAAGCAGCUCAACAAGGACACAGCACGAUCGUAGCGGCUCUUCUUGAUGCUGGAGCUGAUCCCAAUGCCCAAACAAAUCAAGGACAGACAGGUUUAUCGAUCGCUCAAAAGCUUGGUUACAUCAGCGUUGUUGAGACACUAAAAGUAGUCACAGACAGCCCCAUUUCUCCAACACCUUCAGAAGAGAAAUAUAAAGUUGUUUCGCCAGAAACGAUGCAAGAAACAUUCAUGUCUGACUCUGAGGAUGAAGGAGGUGAAGACACGAUGCUGAGUGAGCAGCCAUAUCACUACUUGACAGUUGACGAAAUGAAAGGCCUUGGUGAUGAUUCACUUCCAAUAGAUGUCACCCGAGAUGAGAGGGACAACAGGGACAAUAUUGGACCACCAACUGCAAUCGACGAUACUGUCAGCCCACAGCAUGUCAGAGAGACUUACACUCAGUUCCAUAUGGCGGAUAACAUCGAUAUCGGCAAACAUCCACAGCAAGUUGGUUUCCUGGUGAGCUUCCUGGUGGACGCAAGGGGAGGGGCAAUGAGAGGAUGCAGGCACUCAGGAGUAAGGGUCAUCGUGCCACCUCGACGGGCAGCAAUGCCUCUCAGAGUCACCUGUCGAUACCUCAAGAGGGACAAGCUACCUCAUCCUCCUCCAUUGAUGGAAGGAGAAGCCUUAGCUAGCAGGAUUCUAGAAUUGGGACCAGUUGGUGCUAAAUUUUUAGGACCUGUCAUGAUUGAGGUACCUCACUUCGGUUCACUACGUGGAAAGGAAAGAGAAAUGGUGAUACUACGAAGUGAUAAUGGAGAAACAUGGCGUGAACACACAUUUGAGGCUACCGAUGAAGCUAUUCAAGAAAUCGUCAGUCACUCGUUUGAUAAUGAAGAAAUGGCUGGUUUGGACGAUGGAGCAAGGACAACGAGAAUCCUCACUACCGAAUUCCCUCACUACAUUGCAGUUGUUUCACGAGUGAGACAAGAGGUUCAUGCCAUAGGACCAGAAGGUGGAAUGGUGUCAUCGACAGUCGUACCACAAGUGCAAGCAGUCUUCCCUCAGGGAGCUCUAACGAAGAAGAUCAAAGUUGGACUUCAGGCACAACCAAUUCCUGCCGAACUUACUGCUAAGCUCCUUGGUAAUCGUGUUGCUGUUUCUCCUAUCGUCACUGUUGAACCUAGAAGAAGAAAGUUCCACAAACCAAUUUCACUUACAAUUCCUGUACCCCAAGCAGCCAACAAAGGAAUGAUUAAUCAAUACAGUGGGGAAGCUCCAACACUUCGGCUACUCUGUAGUAUAACAGGAGGAACAACACGGGCACAAUGGGAAGAUGUAACUGGUUCAACACCUCUUACCUUUGUAAAUGACUGUGUUUCAUUUACUACCACAGUUUCUGCAAGGUUUUGGCUUAUGGAUUGCAGAAAUGUUAGUGAAGCAACAAAAAUGGCUACAGAGCUUUACAGGGAAGCAAUCCAUGUUCCAUUCAUGGCAAAGUUUGUUGUUUUUUCAAAAAGAGUAGACACCACCGAAGCAAGACUGAGAGUUUUCUGUAUGACAGAUGACAAAGAAGAUAAAACUUUGGAACAUCAGGAACAAUUCACCGAGGUUGCCAAAAGUAGGGAUGUUGAGGUUCUGGAAGGUAAAAUGCAGUAUCUGGAGUUUGCUGGAAAUUUGAUUCCUGUUACUAAAUCAGGAGAUCAACCCAAGCUUGGAUUCAGGGCCUUUAAAGAAAACAGGUUACCAUUCACUGUUAGAGUGAAAGACCCCCACGCAGAUGCGUUAGGGAGGAUAAUAUUCAUGCGAGAACCUAAGGUAGCUAAAGGUGAUGUGCCUCAGCAACCUAUUUGUAUAUUAAAUAUCGUACUCCCAGAAGAUAUUAUACCAGAACCAGAUCUUCCUGAAACUGAAACGCAUAAACACUCUUACAUUACCCAUACAAGUGGCCUUCAGAGGUUGUCUGAUAUCAGCAAUCUCCUCGGUGAAGAUUGGGUAAAACUUGCUUCUGAAUUAGAUGUCAGUCCUUCAGAAGUAAACAACAUCAAAAGUGAACUCUGUGAAAGUAGUGUUGAACACCAAGGCCUAGCUAUGUUGAGGUUAUGGCUUCAGGGGAACAAAUCAACAGGUACACAAUUAGAAGAAGCCCUUCGUAGGAUAGGUCGGGAUGACAUUCUUCCACAAGCUGUGUUCAAUACGGACGAAUCCGCAGUUCUAAGUGAAGAACUUAGCCCAUCUUAUACUACUUCUCAUAAUAUAUUUAGGAGAGCUACAAUAGAUAAAAGUUUUAAGGAAUCAACUGUGAUAAUCGAAAGCCAAGAACUGAAAAAAGGAGGCUUAGAAAAAGAUGAUGAUGAAAAGAAAUAUACUGCCGAAGAAAAAGUUGUAGAAGAAAAAACAACAAAAGAUAAAUUGAUAGAACACCAAGUGAUAGAAGAAAAAACUAAGGAAAAAAUUAAGGAAGUAAAAAAUAAGGAAGAUGACAUUAAAGGAGAGAAAACAAAAGAAGAAAAAAUUAAAGGAGAGAAGUACAAAGUUGAAGAGAAAGCGGAAAAAGAAAAAGUUAUUGAAGAAAAGUUAGAAGAAAAAAUAAUUACAGAAAAAAUAAAAGAAGAAAAUGUUGCAGAAAAGCCAAAAGAGGAAAAGGGAACUGAUGAAGAAGAGGAGAUGAAAAAAAGUGUAUCUGAAAGAAGAAAAGAAAUUGAAAAAAGACUGUCACAAGAAAUAGAAGAGAAAAAGAAGGUAGUUUUGAAAGAAACAAAACCUGUAAUGAGAAAAAAAGAAAAGAAGUCUUCAGAGGAUUUGCCUGAAAAAGAAACCGCUGAAGAAAAAGCUGUAUCUCCUGAACCUGCACAUCUUUCCUUCGAUGAAAAGAGGAAAUCAUUUGAGUUAGGUAUUACACCAAAGAAUAUAUCACUGACACAAGCAGAUGUUAACCAAACAUUUAUUGCUGAAGAGCAAAAAGCAGAUGAUAAAGUUGAAAAGGCUUCAGAAUCUGUUGUGGAAGAGCAGUUGUCUUUCCAAGAGAAGAGGCGAUCAUUUGAAAAGGGCCUGUCCAUGAAAAAACCUGGAGAUAAACUUCCUGCCUCUGACAGAAUUAAGGAAACAGAAAGUGAAAAGAUGACUGAGGAUAAAUAUCAAUCAGAUUUUAGAAGGGACUCGGAACUGUUCGAGGAAGUCAGUCAGGGGCUGGAUAGAAUUGAAAAGGGAGUUGUGAAGCCACAUCAUGAGAUAUUGUCACCUAUGGUCGUCAAAACUCCGCCACCCAGUCCAGCUGAUUUCUCAAAAGAAGCUCAAGACAAUAAAAAAUGGUCCGUGGAAGAAAAAGUUUCACCACCAUUUUACACAACUCCAGAACACAAAGAGACAGCUAUACACCAAACCAUCAAAACAGCAGUUGUAGAAGACAUAAAAACCAAAGGAACCCAAGCACUGGAGGAAGAAGAAACAAAAGAGGCACCCCAACCCAUACCUUCACCACGCUCCCAAUCUAUUCCCCUAGACCUUCCCCAAGAACCAGAAGAAUUACAAAAUUAUGAAUCAAAAAAAAUGUUCUGGGAACAAGUAUCACAUGGAAGUGUUGAAAAACAGCCUGAGCUGAUAUGUGAAAAACCACCUGUACCUAAACCUCGCCUAAGUAUUACAGCGUCUACGGAAAAACCUGACUAUUACGAUACUUCCCCUAAAGGAGAAGUUUUGGAAAUAGAAAAGAAAUCUGUUCUCCCAGAAGCCACUCCUACGGAGUCUGUAGCACGUGGUAUUUCGAAGGAGGAAAGUUUGGAUGAUUCGGAAAUUGAAUACAUUCAAACUCACAAAGAUGAAUUAAGUUAUGACAACGAUGCCUUUGACAUGGAGGACACUAUUGAUAGUAUCACUGGUCUUUUAAUAAAGAAGAAACCUAUUUUUGAAAGAUCGGUAUCGUUACCUUGUGACACCUCCUCUGAUACUAGUAAUGUUCGCAAAAAGAAACGUAUAUUUGAAGCACAAAUUAAAAAAGAAAUGGUUGUAGAACAACUAAUGUCACAACUUGAAGAAGAAUCUUCUCCUGAGCACAAAUGUAUUGAACAAAAUAGUGACAAGCCAAUAACAGACACACAAGCAAUGAUAGCUAGGCAAAUUCAUACUGAUAUAUUUAGUGAUGAACUAGAUCAACAGAUAGAUUCAUUAGUUCCAGAAAAUAAAGAGCUACGUCUCAUUUCAGAAAAGGAAAUUGAUUCAGAGACAAUAGUUGCUCAAACUAGUAGUCCUGACACCAGUAUUAGCAGUAGUGUUGCUGAAGUACUUCAAUAUAAAAAUGAAGUCAUUAGCAAGCCGUCCGAUUCACUUGAAGUACAUGUUGACAAAAGUGAAAUAGAAGGAACUGAAAAAGAACUAGAUGAAGAUCUAAAAGUGUUUGAAGAUUCUAAACUUCAAGCUCCUUUUUCAACAGAAAAAGAAAAAAUAGGAUCCGUUACAUCUAGUCAAGGAGAGAGUGAGGAUACAUUUUCUGAAUCAGAUGUUACACCAGAAGACACCCGCUUUAAAGAACAACAGGAUAUACAAGAUUGGGCAACUCAAGAAAUGAAAUCAGACAAGAAAACUAGAAAUAUAUAUACACCAGAAGAGCAUCUCCCUGAUACUGUGUGGGAAGUUCCAGUUCAAGAAACUACUGAAAGUCUACAGGAAGAAACUGUCCAACAACUUCCCAGUGAAAUGCUACUAAGUGCCUCAAAAAAACCUCUAACUGAAUCAGAAGCAAGAGUACUUGCACAAGAAAUAGUUGAAGAUAUAGAAGUUGAAAUAUGCAAAAGGGAGGCUACAUUAUUUGAUAAAAAACAUAAGUUAGGAGAAAUAGAAGUUUCUCAAUUGAAACAAGAAGGACCGUUUCAUGUAAAAUUUGGUAGGACGGAUACCACUACAUCCAGUAUGGAAAUAACUGAUGAAGAUUUACGUAGUAGUGGAGUAGAAUCUGAUAUUUCUCCUCUUGAAAGCCAAGCAUGCCUGGUUUUUAAAGAUGAUUUAAGUGAAGGUGAUAGUUCUGAAGACGUAGAAAACAUAGAUCUCAGUAGAGAAACUCCUGGAGAAGAUGUAUUAGAAAGAACUUUGGCUGAAGUCAAGGAAUCUUUGGAAGCUGUAAAAGAAGAAUUGAUUGAAGAAGAAAAGAAGAAAAAAGACAGUAUUACUAAAGAAUCACCAUCAGAGUUUGAAUUUAAAGUUCUUUCUCUUGAAAACAGAUUCAAUGAAUCAAUCAAAGAAAGUCAUUAUGAAGAAGGAACUGUAGUUUCCGAUUCUGAAAAACCAAAACAAGUGGCAUAUAAAGACAAAGAUGACUUGGAGAAAUCUUUCACAAGUGAGACCAAAUCUGAAGUUAUUAUAAAACAUGAUCAAUCAGAUGUAAGUAUAGUUAAAAUGGAGGAAAAAUCUGAUCAAGAACAACAAUGCCUGACAAAAGAGACAGCUAUAAAAGCAGAAGGGGUGGAAAUACAGCAAGGUAUAUCCGUUCUCAAAGAAAGUCAAGCAUUCGCUCUGAAAAGUGAGGAACAGUUGACAUCGGGCUUACAAAAAUUUGAAGAAAUAAAAACACUAGCUAGUGAUACUGCUUCCAUAAAAUCUGAAUUAACUGAAGAAUCUAAAAAAACUACCAAGUCCUCAGAAUCAUAUGACUACAGUACACAUUCAGAGGGGAAAGAUGAACAUAAGAAGUUUCAAGAACAUGAACACAAAGAAGACCGUAAAACUAGUGUAGAAGAAAGCAACAUGAAAACUGAUGUUCACUCCAGUGAAUUCUUAUCUGAAGAUGGAAAAGUUAUUGUGAAAAGAACAGAAAAAAGCGAGAUUUCUACAUUAAUUAAAAGUGAAACAAAACAUUUUACAGAAAAAAGUACAGUUGAAGAGGUUCACCAUGUGCUAUCAGACUUUGGAAUUGAAGAAACAGUUUUUGAUUCUGAACAAAAGGAAGACAACUCUUCUGAUUUAGUGAAAUCGCCAAUUCAAGAUGAUCUUUCGACAUCUUCAUCAUCAGAAGUUAAAGCUAGUUCAGACACCAGCGUUGGUAUUGAAAAACCUAGUAUUGUUAUUAGAAAACAUUCUAAAUCUAAAGUAAGUAAACUGCAUGGGGAGGCUUUGAGUGAUCCAUAUUCCAGUUCAGGGGAGAGUCAUUAUCAUUCAUUUGAACAGACAUCAGAAAGCCUACGAACUCCUGGUAGUCGACCUUUGUCAUCUGACAUAGAAGGCCUUGUUGCUAAUUUGGCUGGCAUAACAGGUUCUUCUGAAUAUGAAUCAGCAGUUUCAGGGCAGUCAACAACGGUAACUUCCCGAGAUUUUCAAACUGCAGUUAGUUCCCUUAGCUCCAGAGAUUCAAUGAAAUCUUUGGAUUCUGAAAGUUCUGGAAACCUAGCAAGUAUGGAAGUAUCUAGUGAAGCUUCUGAAACUCUUGUGCCAUCUGCGAUGGAAAAUGAAGAAGUGGAAAGUAAAACCCCGCAACCACAUUAUAGGGUGGAGAGUCCAUUGAAGGCACAAAGCAUAUCUGAAUCAAAUGGUCAGUCAGUUAGUUUUGACAUAUCUACAGAAGAAAUAUCUGAAGAUGAAGUUGAUAUACCACAUCAAGAUUCAGCACAGCGCAUGAAAAGAUCUCAUGAAAUGACGUUUCAACCUGAACCAAGGCCUAUAGUUGAUGAAAAGUUAAGUUCAAGUGUUGAUGAUACUGGAAGUGUAGUUAGUGAUUCAAUAGCCCAAAGAACAGUAAUGGAACUAUCAAGAACUGAAUCUGAAAAAAUGGAUGGAUCUGCUACAUCAGAUCUGUUGACAGUAUCAGGAACAUCAGAUCAACUUAGUUUAUCUGAAUCUAAGGAUACUGAAAGCACAAAGGAAACAAAAAUUGAAGCCCUUUCAAGUGAACUUUCACAGCAAAUCAGAGAACAAGAAUCAGUAAAAGUAACUGUUGAGGAGCAGAGUGUUCAGCACAUUUCAAGACCAGCUACUCAUAGCAAUGGGCCUACCCAAGUAGACUAUAAUGUUGAAUAUGAUGAAGUAGAAACAGAGGUUAAAAAACGUCCUGGUCAUCGUAGAAAUGGCAGCACAAGUUUCAGAGCAUCUAUGAUUCCAGUAUUUCAAGGGUAUGAAUUCGAAAAAAAAUCAGAAGACAUACAAGAAGAUACUGCAGAAAGUGAUAAAUAUGCACAAUGCCUAACUUCUAAAGAGGGUAGUCAAGAAGAAAAGAAGGAUGUAGAUGAAGCAGAAAAACUGGAAGAUGAAUUUUAUCAAACUGAAGCUGAUCAAGCGUUCCAUAGAGAUAUAAGAGAAGGGAGAGUAAUUAUUAAAGAUACAUACGAAUAUGAAGAAAUUAAAGAAUCAGAAGCAAAAUCUAGAUUGUCAUCAGUUGCAUUUUCAGAAGACAGACCAGACUCAGAAUUAGCUGAACUAUUAAAACAAUGUUCUACUGAUGCUACUGAAGAUCCAAUUGAAAGACCCAAAACUCCAGAACCUAUAGAAGAAUGUGAACUGAAAGAUGAUACUCCAGAGUUUUCUUCAGAAGCUCAGGCAAGUGUAACUGAAUUGGAAAUGGAAUAUUCUGGCGCAUUCAGUCGAUCAAGUGAAUAUGAAGCUCAUGUUAGUCCCAUUAGAGAGAAGGGUUUGCUUUGGCAAGAAGAAGCUGAAUUAGCAGAAGCUGAAGCUGCUGCUGCAUUCCAUGGACCACAUUUUACAUCCUUACAUGAAACAAUUCAUGAAGAUCCUAUAGCAGAGAAGCAUGAAUUAGAAACUCAUGAACUUUCUCUUAAAGAAGAAUUAUUAGAUCGUACUUCUCCAGUUCCAGGAAUAACUGUGACACAACAUAUGACACCAGUUUUAGAUGAAAGUUUUGUAUUCCCAGAUGUUGAUGAUGUCUCAGUUCAACAGGUAGCUGAAUCUGUUUCAAGUAGGGCCUCUUCAGAAACUAGUUUAGCUGGAAAAGAAUAUGUCCUUGAAACAGGUUCUAAAUCAAUUAUAAGUGAUGAUUUCAUUGAUGACGCAUCACAUACCACAGAUGAAAAAACUGUAUUUGAAAAAGAUGCAUCCAAAGAUAUUGAAUCAGCUUCUGAUUCUCCUACUAGUGACUCAUUCGAACUUCUAGAAAAACCAGAUUUAGCAGAUGAAUUUGUAAUAAUUGAAGAAGUAGGUAAGGAAGCAGAAGAACAAGAUAAUGAAGGUAAGAGUGUCAAAAUAGUUGGAAAAAGGAUUCCUUACAUCCAUAGGCCACCUGAGAAAGAUGUAUCGCCUCCUAAAACAUCAACUAAGAUGACAAAGAUAAAAUACUACUCUAAAGGUGGGGAAGAAGAAGAGCCUUUUGAAUUUGAGUCUGGGACUCCACCUAAAGGAGUGGAAGAUAAAACUGAAGAAUCCUCUCAAGAAGGGUCUCCACCAUCUGCAGCUGAUGAUGAUUUUAAACCUGAAGUAGAGGCAGGGAAAAAAUGGAUGGAAAUGCAGUUUCGAGGUGUUGAACCAGUUGCACAGAUAUAUGGCUAUGACAUGGAAUUUGAAAGGGGUCCACUUGAAGAUAUUAAAGAAGAAGAUUUAAAUGACUUAGAAAGCAGUAGUAAAAUAGGGAGCAUGGGAAGUCAAGUUAGUCAUUCUAUUGGAAGUUUCGGAAGUGUCAAAGAAUCACUGAGCAGCACACCAGAUUAUGAUGUACUAGCCGGAAGGAGAUUUUUCACUAGGUCUGGGGAGCAUGAUGAUGUCUCAAUGAGUUCUUUACAGGAGUUUGAAAGAUUGGAAAACCUAAUAGCCCUUGAAUCUACAAAACAUAAAUCCCUUGGAUCACAAGAUUCCUUAACUAGUUCGAGUAACAGCAGAAAACAUGGAAGUAAGAGUGGUGGUGAUGAUAUAUCAAUAGCAUCCUUAAAAGAAUUUGAAGGCUUAGAAAAUGCUUGUAUUGCAGCAGAACGUAUUGAAAAGAAGGCUAAAGCUGAAGAGGAAUCACUGUUAUCUGAAAUUGAAGAGGGUCAUGAAAGUCAAGCUUCGGAAUCUGAAAGUUGUGUCACAGUUUCAGUUAGUGGUGUCAAUAGAGAUUCAGAUGAAGAAGACUAUGAAAAAAGAAUGUUUGAAAUCGAUGAAAUCAUACGCCAAGCACAAACCAAUGUUGAACAGUUUAUGGAUGCCAAAGGUAAGGAAGUAGAUAAAAAGAUAAAAUCAGAAUCCUUAGGACAUGCAGAUUCCUUGGAGGAAAUGACAAAAGUACCAGACCUAGACUUUGAUCAACCAGUUACUCAGACUAAAACAUACUGUGGAAAGACAUACAUAACUCAAUGGGAGGAUAUAGGAGAAGAGCUUUUAACUAGUACAGACUCAUUGGAACUGAAAACUCAGAUAUCAAAAGCCAGUUUAGCAGAUCCAUUUACUACAAGUACUGACUCUCUAGAGAUCAAAUUCAGCCAAGACGUUAUGUCAGUAAGCACUGAUUCAAUAGAAGCUGCCCAAAAAAAGAAAGCAAUCAUGACUGAUUCCAUAGAAAUAGGAGAAAAAAGCUCUAUGAUAACUUCUACUGAUUCCCUUGAAGAAAAAGUAACUCAGGCCAAUUCAUUGGAUGAAGAGGAACAUCAGGCUUACAGUAGUUCUAGUGGAAAAGAAGUAGAUUGGAGUGGUUCUGGAAAAGAGGAAAGUUAUGAAGGUUCUAUUAAUCGAAUGCCACCUCCAAGAGCAGAAUAUAUGCUAGGUAGUACUGACUCACUCGAACCAACCAGCUCAACAGCAACCCACGCUACAUAUCAAUAUGAAACUGAUUCUGUCAUGUCAUCAAGUUUUACAUCUGGAGAUUCGACAACUAUGGUGGAUGAUGAAGGCAUGGAGGCGAGAGCUGGAAUUUGGUUUGAAGAAGGAAAACCGUUUGUGACGGAAGUAAUUGAACCAGGUGAUGAUGAAUUCUCUCAAAUAAUUCACAGGACUGUAGAAAUGCCUCCUCAGAUAACUAAAGUAUCAUUUAAGGGUCAAGAAGCUGAAAAAGCGCUUCGUGAAUACAUCGAAAAGUUUGAUCCUGGUGAAGACAUUUCAGAAACUAGGGAUGUUGAUGCUUCAGGAAAUGUGCAUAUAAAAAGAGUUGUUCAAAAGCGAAUUGUAAUAAGACCAGAUGAAAUGGGAGGGAAAACAGCUGAGCUUAAAGGCGAGGAACUUGAAGACUAUCUUAAAUCCUUGACUCAAUCCCAAUUUCCUGACCGUUCCUCUCCUGACUCUACUGAAACUCAUGCCCAAUAUUCAUCACAGUGGACUGUCUCGCAAUCACAAGGAGAGAAAAUUAAAAGUGAACUGGAAGAGAAACAAAUUACAGAUAGCCACCAAAGAGAGCAUGAUGAAGAUCAUUCUGAUGGAUCUGAUGGGUAUUCAUUGGAGCCAAAAGGACCAAGCCAACAUGAAACAAUGAAGAAGUAAACUCGAACAGUGCUUAACUACAUAAUUAAAGAGAAUAUUAUAGAUUAGAAAUUGAUAAGUUGAAAUUUUAUUGAUCUAAAGUUUAGUCAAAAAGUAUGAAUAAACCAAAGAAUUCACCUAGUUAUUAAAAAAAUAUAUAUAUAUAACACAAAAAACAACCAAAAAAGAAAAAAAAAAAAGGAGAUAAUAAGCUUUCUUUCACAUAAAUUCAAUAAAUAUAAGUUGACUGCCAUCAUAAUCACCAAGCUUAAACUAGAGCUACUUUCUACAAUUUCAAUUCAUUUUACUUCAUGUUACUUUAAAAACAUAAGAAGUAAAUGAGUGCGGAUUGAAGCGGUUUGCACGCCUGAACUUUUUUUCCGAGCCGAAUGUAAAAUCUGACUGAUAUGCACGUAUAGCCCAAUGUUUAUAGUGCCUGUACACAAAAGGAUUAAGUGGAGAUAUUAUUUAAAGAAAUGUACACCUAAUAAAUUGUAAGCUGCUCAUAUACAAUAGCCAGAUAGGUGUUUUAUAUUAUCAAAUGAUAAAUAUAUAUAUUUCGGAAAAGUAUGUGAUAUUAACAGUGGAGGAAUGAGAUCGAUGUAACCAACAUUUUUUAAAGCGAAAAAGUUUUAAUUAAAGAAUAAAAUUAAAGCUUUAAACAAUAAUGUUAGUUUUACUGUUUUCUAUUACUUCUACAUACUGUAGCUGGCAGAUUAACAAUUAUAUAAAUGUUUAAAAAUAAAUAUUUUUAUGGUAAUAAAUGAUAAUUUUUGUAUAUGCAAUAUUAUAAAUCUAUUAUAUAAUUGAAGAUUGUACUUCUAAUAAUGCUUUUGAAUACAAUAUGUAAGUGAGCUGUAAAAUUUAUUGUAAAAUAUAUAAUGGAUAUUUUUUUUUUCCACUAGGCAUUAGUGCUGAAUACGCCUCUCUUUAUCUGUGUAAAGCUAAAACAUUUUUUUCUUGUUUAAAUGAUUAAAUAAUUAGUAGUUCACUUUGGACGCAAAAGAUAUUUUGAAAAAUGUAUAUUUGUAAUGAGUGUAUAGGUAAUUAUGGUUUGUAUUCAGAAAUUUUAUCAAAAAAAGUCUACAUGUUAAUAACAUCUGAUAAAUUC